CUGGCCGGCCCGCUCCUGCCCGCCGAGCCGCCCGCAUCCCCCAAACCUGCCGCCGUGCUGGCUGCAGGCCCGGAGCUCUGGGAGACGGUCGCCUCGGCUUUGGGAGCCCGGCGGGUGGCCAGGAGAGGACGGGUGAUGCCGGAUGGGAUGCGGACCCCCCGUGUCACCCUGCUGCUGGGCCAGCACGGCUGGGUGGAGCACCUGGACAACGGGAUCAGGUACACCUUUGACGUGACCAAGUGCAUGUUCUCCCCGGGGAACAUCACGGAGAAGCUGCGUGUGGCCUCACUGCCCUGCUCCGGGGAGGUCCUGGUGGAUCUUUAUGCAGGCAUCGGCUAUUUCACGCUGCCCUUCCUGGUGCACGCGGGAGCUGCCUUUGUCCACGCCUGUGAGUGGAACAGCCACGCCGUGGAGGCCCUGCACAGGAGCCUGGUGCUGAACGGGGUGCGGGAUCGCUGCCACAUCCACGCCGGGGACAGCCGGCAGCUGCAGCUGCGGGAUGUGGCAGACAGGGUGAACCUGGGGCUGAUUCCCAGCUCGGAGGAAGGCUGGCCGGUGGCCUGCCGCGUCCUGAAGAAGGACACGGGUGGGGUUCUCCACAUCCACCACAACGUGGAGACUCGCCGUGCGCCGGCCCCGCCGCAGCCCGCGGUGCUGCUGGCCGAGCACAGCUCUCCAGAGACAGCCAGCUCUGGGGGAGAGGCACAGCAGCCAGCAGAGGACGGUGGGGAGGAGACACUGGGGGCCAGGCUCAGAGCCGAGUGGCAGAGGUGGGCCGAAGCCACGGCCACACGGAUCCAGGGGCUGCUGGCAGAGCUGCACGGGCGGCCGUGGUGCACCAGUGUCCUGCACGUGGAGCCGGUGAAGUCCUACGCUCCACACGUGCAUCACCUCGUGCUGGACCUCGAGUGCCGGCCAGUGCUGCCCGAUUAGCAGGGCAUGGACAUUCCAGCUCCCGUGGAAGGGUGGUGUCAAGCAGCAGGGGCAGGGAGAUGCUACCAGCAGUGUCCUGCUGCCAGCCCAGAUGUGCCUUAUGUCCCCUGGUUCUGCAGUGGCAGCACUGCCUGGCAGUGCCUCCCCAUGCCCAGGGCACCCAGGGUUGUGCUCCCAUGGCAGAUCCCUGCAGGAUCCAGACAAGGAUGGAGGAAGUUGGUGCUCAGAGUGCCAGUGUUCUGCCCUGGCUCUGCCAGUCACUGCCCAGGUCUUGGACAUGUGGUAGCACCUUGAGCCCCGUUUUCACACAGGAGAGAGCCACAGUGCUGAGAAGCCUUGGGUUCCUGCUGAGUUCAUUUCAGCAGGUCAGGGACAAGCAUUGUGCUUGUGUUUCCCAGCAUGCUUUUUUAAUGUACUGUAAACAAUUCUGUUCAUCUCACUUUCUUCCUAGCUCUUUUUCAGAAAUAAAGAUCUUUCUCACCA